CCGACGUCGACUCUCCAGCUCGACAUUGCCAGAUUCACAGCUCCACAACCACGUCCGCGACACGAUAUCUCUCGGGUCUCGAACAAGAAAGCAAGGUCACACGAAGCACGAGACACCAUCAUCAGCGAGAGUCAACAUGGCGCCCAAGCUGCAGGACUGCAAGCUCGCCUUCAUCGGUGGCGGCAACAUGGCCGGCGCGAUCAUCGGCGGGCUCCUCGCCAAGGGCACCCCCAAGACCAACAUCCACGUCGCCGAGCCGUGGGACGUGAACCGGAACAAGAUGGCCGAGCUGGGUGUCCACGUCACCACCUCCAACAGCGAGGCCGCGCUGACCGCCGACGUCGUGUUCCUCUCGGUCAAGCCGCAGGUCGCCAAGGUCGUGUGCCAGGAGCUCGGGGCUGCGUGGUCGAAGGAAGGGAGCACCAAGUCGGCGCCACUGUUCAUCUCGAUUGCCGCGGGCAUCACGAUGGACACGCUGCGCUCGUGGUCGAGCCCCGCGAAGCCUCGGGUCGUCCGGGUCAUGCCCAACACGCCGGCGCUGCUGGGCGAGGGCGCGAGCGGCGUGUUUGCGGGAGAGGAUGUCGGUGCCGAGGAGAGGGAGCUGGUGUCGACCCUGCUGGGCAGCGUGAGCCGGACGACCGAGUGGGUGGACAAGGAGGAGCUGAUUGAUGUCGUGACGGGUCUCUCUGGCUCCGGCCCUGCCUACUUCUUCGCCAUGGUCGAGCACCUCACCGAGGCCGGCGUCAGCCUGGGCCUGUCGCGCGAGCAGGCCACGCGACUGGCGAAGCAGACAUGCUUCGGCGCCGGCAAGAUGCUCAUGGAGUCGUCCGACGAGCCCGCGCAGCUGCGCAAAAACGUCACCUCGCCCAACGGCACGACCGAGGCGGCGCUCAAGAGCUUCGAGGCGUCUGGGUUCAAGGAGAUUGUGGACAAGGCCGUCCGCGCGGCAACGGACCGGGGCGAGGAGCUGGGCAAGACGCUGGGGAAGCUGUAGAAUCAGGCAAAGGGCAGAUGAAACACAACAGGUCUAGCGAAGCACAUUAAUCAAUCAAUCAAUCAAUCAGUUGAAAAGCC